CCCACCUCCUUCCCUCCAGGACCUCCUGGCUGCGCUGCUCCCAGGCCCCGACGCGGCUGGAGGGGCCUUGGGCGACCGCGGUCGCUCUGUUAGCCAGGGGAAGCCGGAAGAGGCCGAGACAGCAGGGAGAGAGCAGCAGAGGGUGGCGGAGCCCUCCCUGCACGCCCUGUGAGGGAAGGUGGGGGAGGGAGGCAGAGUUAAGCGAGGGAACGCGGAGUGAGGUUGGGUCCGACUCGAGCUCGGGCUCAGGACCGAGGCUGGUGGGCCGGGCCCCCAAGCCGGCGGUACUUACAUUCGAUCUGAAGAAGACAGGAACCCGGGAGGGAGGGCCGGGCAAGGACAUAUGGCUUCGCCGUUCCUGCCUUCAGGGGCCACCACGGGCGACAGCGGCGGAGAGCUGAGCUCGGGGGACGACUCCGGGGAUAUGGAAUCCCUCCAGAGCCCCGAGACCGAGGCGGUCAGGAGCCUGACAGAGCUGUUUGAGAAGGCUGCCGCGCAUCUCCAGGGCCUGGUUCAGGUCGCCAGCAGGGAACAGCUCUUGUACCUGUAUGCCAGGUACAAGCAGGUCAAAGUUGGAAAUUGCAAUACUCCUAAACCAAGCUUCUUUGACUUUGAAGGAAAGCAAAAAUGGGAAGCAUGGAAAGCCCUUGGCGAUUCAAGUCCCAGCCAAGCAAUGCAGGAAUAUAUCGCAGUAGUUAAAAAAUUAGAUCCAGGGUGGAAUCCUCAGUCACCAGAGAAGAAAAGAAAAGAAGCAAAUACUGGUUUUGGUGGGCCAGUUGUUAGUUCUCUGUAUCACGAAGAAAUCAUCAGGGAAGAAGACAAAAACAUAUUUGAUUACUGCAGGGAAAACAACAUUGACCAUAUAACCAAGGUCAUCAAAUCGAAAAACGUGGAUGUGAAUAUGAAAGAUGAAGAGGGCAGAGCUCUACUCCAUUGGGCUUGUGAUCGAGGACAUAAAGAACUAGUCACAGUCUUGCUGCAAUAUAGAGCUGAUAUUAACUGUCAGGACAAUGAAGGUCAAACAGCUCUACAUUAUGCUGCUGCCUGUGAGUUUUUGGACAUUGUGGAGCUGCUCCUCCAGUCUGGCGCUGACCCCACACUCCGAGAUCAGGAUGGCUGCCUGCCGGAAGAGGUGACAGGGUGCAAAGCGGUUUCUUUGGUGUUACAGCAGCACACGACUGGCAAGGCUUAACUAAAAGACUGGAAAACCACAGUCUAUAACAGCACAGGGCUUCAGUGAUGAAAGAAAACUGCAAAAAUAAUACUUCUUUCGCCGCCCUUCCUUGGUAUACAUUGGCUAAUAAAGUCAGUUGUGAGGAACCAGGA